GGCAAUGUAAAGGAAGCAUUGGGUUGUCUAGGUAGUGGGUGUGGUGGUGGUUAGCGAAGCACUAUAAGUUUAUGUGGGGAGUAGAAUAGGCUGGAGUUUCUAGUGAAGAAAGUUGUGUGCUACGUGUGGGCUUGGCGAUGCUUGAUGAGAUUGCAAUGUAAUGAUGUGGAGAGAAUAUGGCUCCUAAGGAACAUAAACUUUUACAAGGGGGCUGUUGAGGCAGGUGUUUUUCCUCCUGAAAAAGAGAGAGAUUGAUGAUGAGAAAGGAGGUGAUGAGCUUGGAGGAAGACAGGAACAUGCAGCAGGCUGAAGCCAAAAUAAACGGGGACGGUGAGAAUAAUAUUUCAAGCUCUAGAUUCUCUUCUCUUUUGAGCUCCAAAGAUCGUGAUUUUCUUCUCUCUCCUGAUGGAACUCAGGUGCAAGUUUCUGAACUUGAAGGCAAGGUCGUAGGCCUUUAUUUCUCAGCUAACUGGCACCCACCUUGUCGACACUUCACAGAGGUGCUAAUUAGUGCAUAUCAGCACUUAAACAGCAAUGGGUGUAAUUUUGAGGUUGUGUUUGUGUCAUCUGAUGAGGACUUAGAUGCCUUCAACACCUAUAGAGCAUUGAUGCCAUGGCUUUCCAUUCCAUUUUCUGAUUUGGAGACGAAGAAAGCCUUAGAUCGUAAAUUCAAUAUUGAAGGUAUUCCCUGUUUAAUUAUUUUGCAACCUAGGGAUAAUAAGGAUGAGGCAACAUUGCACGAUGGAGUUGAAAUCCUUUAUCGAUUCGGAGUCCAAGCUUUCCCAUUUACUAAACAGAGACUGCAGGAGUUGGAAAUGCAAGAAAAGGAAAAGCAUGAGAGCCAGACCUUAACCAAUUUACUAACAAACAAUGGUAGAGACUAUCUUUUCGGUCAUCCUGCACCUAAACAGGUUCCAGUUGAUUCAUUGCUAGGCAAAACAAUUGGACUUUUCUUCUCAGCCCAAUGGUGUCGACCAGGCGUCAAGUUCAGUCCCAAGCUUGUCUCCAUCUACCACAAGAUUAAGCAGAUGCUGACCCAACGAGAUACUGAGGACUUUGAGAUUGUUUUUGUGUCAAGUGAUCGUGAGCAACAAGGAUUUGGCUCCUACUUCAGUACCAUGCCAUGGCUGGCAUUGCCCUUUGGAGAUCCUACCAUCAAAACCCUAGCUAAGCAUUUUGAUGUUCAAGGUAUCCCUUGUUUGAUAAUUUUAGGCCCUGAUGGUAAAACCAUUACCAAGCAUGGGAGAAACCUAAUAAAUUUGUACCAAGAAAAUGCUUACCCUUUCACUGCGGCAAAAGUGGACUUACUAGAGAAACAGAUGGAUGAAGAGGCUAAAAGCCUGCCAAGAUCUGAGUACCAUGUAGGUCAUAAGCAUGAGCUCACUUUGGUAUCCCAAGAAACUGGAGGAGGACCUUUUAUAUGCUGUGAUUGUGAUGAGCAAGGGUCUGGUUGGGCUUACCAGUGCCUUGAAUGUGGCUAUGAGGUGCACCCCAAGUGUGUUAGAGCUGUGGAACGUGGCUUCAUGCAUCAGAGAUGAAUAAAUAGCUGGCUCUAUAAUUAUAAUUAAAGUUUGCUAAUUCAACCUGCAAGGUGUUAUUGUGUGUCCAUCAUGCCUUUAACUGGAUUUCUUGCAAGUCUAGCAUUAGCGAUUAAGUUUCAGGUUGAAUUUUAUUUUAUCUAAUUAAGAUAGGCCAUGACAAUUACCUGAACAUUCUCAUUCCAUGAGAUCUAUGGUAAGUUAAUCUUGUUCAAAGCUAGCGAAAAGGCCUAAUAUCUCCUUUGCUUCUGCCAGAAUUUAGCAAGUCGAUACUUCGGCUAGCUUGCUGGAAGAAAUGAUAAGUUGUAAGGUGAAACUGGUAACAGUUAUCUGUUUAUUUCGGCUAUAGAUUUCAAUGUCUAUUACUCUAAA